AUGAAGAGCGAAACGGCGGGAGAAGUGAAGAACACGCUGUUCAUCUUCGGGUCCGGCGAGUGCGGCCAGCUGCCGCCCGAGUACUGCUCGGACUACGUGCAAGUGAACCCGACGGCUGUACGCAACCUCCCGAAUGACAUCGACCAAGUCGUUUGUGGAUCCAUGCACACAAUCAUAAAGACGAAGGAUGACCGGCUGUUCUCCUUCGGGUGCAACGACAUGGGUGUUCUCGGACGAAAGACCCAUGCCAACAGUACGAAGGACCCCGAGCACUCCCCAACCUUACUGAACUUCACUUGCAAGUCAAAGAUUAAAAAAAUCAGCUGCGGGGAUAACCACACAGCGGUUCUGCUAGAAAAUGGAAAGGUCUACAUUACGGGGGGGUUUAGGGACUCCUGUGGGGUUUUGGGUCUUCCGUCCUUCCAGAAGAGGGGGGAAAUAAUACCCAAGUCGGAGGAGUUCGUGGAGGUAAAGUUUUCCUACGCGCAGGGUGGGGACAGCGCAGGUGGGAAAGGCGUAGAUGGGAAGGCCGCAGAUGGGAUGGCCGCAGAUGGGAAAGGCGUAGAUGGGAUGGCCGCAGAUGGGAUGGCCUCGGAUGGUUACUCUCACGAGGCGGAGAAACCCAAGCAGGGAGAGGUCAUAAUAAGUAACAUCAUAUCGGGGGAAGAUCACCUGGUGUGCCUGGAGCAAAGUGGAGAGUAUAUUUAUACCAUGGGAAACAGUGACUCAUGCCAAGUAUGCAACACCUUCUACGAUAUAGAACUUGCACAAGAAGUGAGAAACAGGUACGUCUUCCCCAAUCGGUACCACUUCAAAGAUCUUGGAUUCGCCUCCAAGUUUAGGGACAUCUAUUGUGGUGGUAACAACACGUUUGUGCAGUUAGAAGCAUCUCUAGAUGUGUAUGCAAUCGGGAGAAAUGCAUACGGAUCAUGUGGUGUGUCGAUGAGAGAUAAUAUCAUAAAAAAAUUUUCCAAAAUUGAAGAGUUAUCAUCCAAAGAAAUUGCACAACUUUGUGGUGGACAAAGCUUUACCGUCUGUCUACUUAAAAAUAAUGACUUAUACAUUUGGGGGAAUCGAGAGAUAUUGGGAAUGGAAUCUGAGGAGGAUGCAUACUCUCCUCAGGAGUUAACCUACUUCAAAAAAAAGAAGCAUGUUAUUAAAACCAUUUCUUGUGGAACGGAUCAUUGCCUAGUAUUGACGGAGAGUGGCAAGCUCUUCGGGUGGGGUACGGGAGGAAACGAUUUUGAAGAAGACACGUGUAUCUCCGUCAUCGAGAAAAAUGAGCCAUCCGAAAUUGCCUUCCGCAAUUUUGUUACCAAAAAUUUUAGCAAAGGUAGGAAAGAUAGCGAAAUAUCAAUUAGCCAUCUUCAAAUUGUAUCCUUCGCAGGGGGAUCAUCCCACUGUGCUUUUAUUACAUCCCAUGUUGACUCGGAGAGGAUGUCUAUUAAGAGAGGUCACGAUGAAAUUUACGAGGAGGACGAAAAUAUUUUUAUAAAAAAACACAGAAGGGAAAACUUCCCACAGAUGGAAAUCGAUGGGGUACAAAUGAAGAAGGCACAUCAUGAGGAAGAUACGCUUGUCAAAAAUCCCACCAAUGAACAGGGUACAGACCUUGUCCUUGUGGACAAACCUGAGAAGCUAGAUGAUAAACAAAACAAGAAAGGAAGCUUCUUUAAAGACCUUUUCUACAACCCACAAACACCAGUUAAUAGUAAGUACUAUGUGCAGUCAAAGGAUUUAGAAAACAUGGACAGUGAACUUUUAGGCACCGUGGAGAAGACCACUGUGAGUAGAGAUUCACAGAAAAGGAGAAGAAGCGUUAAGAGUAAACCCUACUUAAGCAAUGAAAGUCCCACCAGGAGACAACCAAGGAGGUCUUGCAAAGAAAAUAUCAGUCUGAGUGAAAAGGCACAUAGGCAAUUCUACCAAAUUGUGGACACCCCUAUAUCGAAGAAGAAACGGAAGACAACGACGGCACCUUCUUCUAUGCGGAACAUAAACGUGAAGGUCAGGGCGUCUCCUUCCGAGAGGACGAACAAAUCUAGGUCCGUUGGUGCAAAGAGAGAAAGCGUAGGAAGGUCGUACUCUAAGAGAGACAACCUCAAACGUGAAUCCGCUUCGCAGACACCCGAUGCGAAGGUUGUCCGAGGGAAGUCGUCCAAAAUGAAGAGUUAG